AUGCUACAAAUUUGCCUCAACAGAUUGGAACCAGCAGCUGAAUAUUGUCGCAAACUUCAAAGCUCUUUAAUUCGUGCAUACAUUCCUUCAAAUUUUAUGGAAAAGGGUACAAUUUUUCCUUCUGUGGACCCGAAUCAAUGUAAACAAUCUCCUACAUACCAUGAAGAAGUCAAACAUCCAUCUUCACCGUCAAAUUCAACGGACCGCUCUGGCUCGUCUUCUUUUCUUUCUCCCAUAAACGCCCCUGCUGUCCAAGAUUUUGGUUUGCAUAGAAAACUUGCGUUCUUGAAUCGAAAACGUGAGAUUGACGGUGCUACAAAUCAACAACAUCCUCCGUACCAUUUUCCUUUUGCUUCUUUUCCGCCUGACGACAAUUAUGACAACGCAAAGCCGUCAACCUUUUCCACGAGUCUGCCAUCUCCCGCAAAUGUUUCCUUCACUCCGCCUGUAUACACCCCAUCCUUCAAAAAAGAAGAGGUCAAGGAAGAACAGAUAGGACCCAGUCCUUCUUCCUAUCAAGCUUCUUUUCAUGAGCGAUCGCCACGUAAUUCCGACGACGCUGACGCGGUCAUUGUAAUUAGCGACUCGGAGGAAUACGACAAGGUUUCCAUUCCUGUUUCUGAUGCACCCAUCAAGGCUGAAAAGCCAGAGAAGCAAGCCUCCCCUUACGAUAUACCUGACGAGGUUAUUGAAACCGGCUACAAGCGACCUAGGUUACAUUCAAAUGACAAAGACCGUAUGCAGGAUUCCAAGCCUUCGUGGAGCGUAACCUCUGGAAAUGCUCACAAGUCAGUUUUGUGGGAUGGAGGAACGAAUGAAAAUCCUAUUUCUCUCACUGAUGAUGAAGACGAGGCCCACUUGGAUCAAUUUCUUGUCGAUACUUCCGUUAGUAUCGCCGCUCAAAAUCAGCCUUCUUUCUAUUCAUACUCUUCCACUUCCUUUCCCGAAAUUCCCAAUCCUCCAUUUCAAGCUUCUCCACCCAAGGAAUGGGGUUCUCCCGCUCCAUUCUUAAUGCAACACCCCAAUUUUUUCCAACACUCGGCAUCCUUAACUCAAAAAGAACAACUAAAAGAACUUUUUAAAGACUUGGAUGAUCAGUUAAUAAAUUCUCCAAAAGCUCGCGAGGGAACUCCAGCUGGCUUGGUACCCGUGCUUAUGGAGCACCAAAAGGAGGGAUUGACUUGGCUUAAGAAAAUGGAGGAAGGUACGAAAAAGGGCGGCAUCCUUGCAGACGAUAUGGGUCUAGGUAAAACAGUCCAAAUGCUGGCAUUGCUGGUAUCUAGACCUUCCGAGGAUCCCGAAAUCAAGACAACCUUGAUUGUCGCUCCCGUCGCCUUGGUCCAACAAUGGCGGAGAGAAAUUUUAGCAAAGAUUGCCCCUUCUAUGCGUCCAAGCAUUUAUGUACACCACGGUCAAACAAAAAAGCAUAGAUUUGCUAAAGAACUCAUGAGUUACGAUAUUGUCUUGACUACUUACAAUGUGAUUGCUUAUGAGUUCCGGCACAGAAUGGCAUACGAGCAGAGUUUACUCGAUGGUGCACCUCUUGAAAAAUAUGAACACUUGCCUUUUUUUGAAGCCAACUGGUAUCGCGUCGUUUUGGAUGAAGCUCAGACAAUAAAAAACCGAAAUACGCUUUCUGCCAGAGGUUGUUGCUUACUGCGAUCAAAACUUCGAUGGUGUCUUAGUGGUACACCCAUGCAAAAUGGUAUUGAAGAAUUUUAUAGUUUAGUCAAAUUCCUGAGAAUUCAACCUUACUGCGAUUGGUCUCAUUUUUCAAAGGAUUUUAUCGGCCGCUUAAAUCAAGAAUCGCAAGCAUCGUCCAGUGCAAUGAAACGUCUUCGCGGACUUAUCAAGGCCAUCUUACUGCGUCGAACUAAGAGUACAAUGAUUGAUGGGAAGCCUAUUUUAUCACUUCCUCCGAAAACCGUACGAAAGGAAGAGUCUAAUUUAUCAAAUCCUGAGAUGGAAUUUUAUAAUGCUUUACAAACAGGUGCUCAAAUUCAAAUGAGAAAGUAUAUGCAAGAGGGUACUGUUACCACUCACUAUGGAAGCAUUUUAGUGUUGUUGCUUCGACUUCGUCAAGCAUGUUGCCAUCCUUGGUUGCUGGUAGCAAGACAAACUACGGAUGAUGACAACGAUAGUUUUCAAAAAAAGGCCAGGAAUUUAUAUAAUAAGCUUUCGGGUGAGGCAAUCAAUCGUUUAAAAAGUACUGAAAUGUUGAGAUGUUCCGUAUGCCAAGACUAUGUUAUAGAUCUUCAAAUAAUUAUUCCUUGUGGUCAUUUCAUUUGUCGGGAAUGCUUAAGUCAUCUUAUCACGUCUAGUGAAGUAGCAGCUCAAAGAGAUGCUACAGAAGAAUUGAAUCCAAAAUGUACCGUUUGCUUUGAAUAUAUAGACCCAGAUAAUUCUCUAAGCUACAAUCUUUUUCGGCGCUAUGCUGGGAUGACACCCAUCAUUGGCUCGGAUAACAAAUUGAAAACUGACAGACUUGCUGAAUUGUUGCCGCAAGGAUAUAAUAAUAUUUUGGAAAAUCGUGAACUUGGAAUGAAUAUUUUUACGAACCCCUACAAGUGGACAACGUCUACCAAGAUUGACAAAGCCGUGGCUGAAAUAACUUCUAUUUUACAAAAGCACCCGCAAGAUAAGAUUUUGAUGUUUUCUCAAUUUGUUCAAUUCUUAGAACUGUUUGCUGUUCCUUUUAAACAAAAUAACGUUCAGUAUAUACAUUAUCACGGUGGAUUAAGCCCUGCUGCUCGAAACGAGGCUGUCCUGCAAUUUGAAACUAAUCCAAAUAUUAGCGUACUAUUGAUUUCGUUGAAGGCAGGGAAUGUUGGUUUAAACUUAACUUGUGCUAAUCAUGUACUUGUUUUAGACCCUUUUUGGAAUCCUUAUAUCGAAGAGCAAGCUAUUGAUCGGGCACAUCGAAUUGGACAAAGUAAACCCGUUAAUGUUUUAAGAAUUACGGUUAAUAAUACGGUUGAAGAGCGAGUACUUGCUUUACAGGAGAAAAAGAGAGAAUUAAUUGAUAGCGCAUUAGGCGAGAAGGGUUUACGGGAAAUUUCACGCCUCGAUACAAAGGAGCUGGCCUUCUUGUUUGGUAUGUAAAAUUUCUCCUUGAAAAUUACAAUUGUACAGUAUAGACCAAUUAUAUGACUUCAGAUGUUUUUCGUUCAUUUUAAGCAGGGCAAGAAAAUAC